GUUGGUUUCUCGAUCGUGGCCAUCCAAGAAAGAGGAUGAGUGCGGCGGGUGGGGAGAGAUCCAACAACAGAAGAACCAUGACGGCCGAUCCGACCAGCCGAGACGAUCCCUUGGCCUUGCCGGAGAAGAAGAAGAAGGUGAGUGUGCGGAGAGACGAGGCAUCAUUGCCUGAUCCAGACGCGUGGAUUCUCAGCGAUGCCGACUUGGCCAGGAUGGAACGCGACCAGAAAUCAGCUCCACCGCCUGUGAAAAUCCCUACGCUCGAUUACUUCAAACCCCCGACCCGGUUUCACACCGCCGAGGUCUUCGCCGUCCGUGAUUCAAGCGAGGCCGCGCUCUCUGCUGCCAGAUUUCUCCUAGGGGUUUCAUCCUCUCUUGAUGGUGAACCGCUGAGACGCUGCUCCGGCUUCUUGGUUGAUUGGGAUGAGGAGAAGAAAGCCGGCCUUGUUUUGACAACUGCGCGUCUGAUUCGCACAAAGCAUUCUCCUGACAGCGGCUGGUCAGGUGGCGAAGAGUAUGCUCCUCGUGCUGAUGUCACUGUUCAUUUGCUAAAUGGCACCACUGCAAAGGGCGAUCUGGUCUACUAUCAGCCCCAUUACGGUAUCACUUUCUUGAAUGUUGAAGUGGAUCAACCAAUCAAGUUACCAUCUUUUUGUGAAGAAGAUGUAAAAUUUGCUCAAGAUGUUUUUCGGCUCGGAAGAGACGAUUCCUUAAAUCUAAGGAUAACAUAUGCUAGGGCAGAAUAUAAGAAUCCAAACAUGUAUCGGCGGUACCACAAUGUGUAUUUCCGUUCUCCAGACGAGCAUGGUGAUGAUAAUGAGUAUGACAAUGGGGGCCUAGUCAUUGACUUGAAUGAAAACGUUGUCGGAAUGGUCAACGUCCCUAAGAGAUUUGGGUCUUUUAUACCUUCUUCCAUUUUGCUCAACUGUUUGGAUUCAUGGAAGAAAUAUCGGUGCAUCGCCCGGCCCCAUCUUGGGAUGAUGUUUCAAGCCAUCAAGCUUCUAGAACCUGCUCAUGUUGACAUGUUAUGGCGUAUGUAUAACAUUGAUCAUGGUCUUAUUGUUCAAGAGGUGUCGAAAGGAUCUAAUGCUGAGAUACUCGGAAUCCAAAAAGGUGAUGUUAUUGAAUCUAUCAAUGGAAAACCUGUUUCUACCACAAUUGAGUUGGAAAAUACGCUGAUGAUCACAUGCAAGGGCCCUUCAGGUGCUGAAGUUCAUAUUUCUGUUGGGGUGUUUCACACACUCAAAAAACAACGAAGCACCGUACAGUGGACUGCAGAAUUAUCAGAACUUGGAGAAGUUCUUACAAGCUAGGUCCUACAGACUCUUGAACAGGCUGCCAGAAGAGGGAUGCGAGAAAAUGCCAGAAAAGGGAUGUUUCUGUAGAGCUGUGCCUGUGAUGGAUAUUUACCUAUGACCAUAUGUUGUAGUAGUAGUCUGGAUAUAUUAGAAAUAACAUAUUUAGUUGUAGUCAGUGCCAAAGUAGCA